UGAGAGAGAUGAUAUCAAAGAAGGCAUAGGAGAGCCCAAUUAACCAUCUUGAUCAGCCAAUUUGCGGCUUCCAAAAAGCAAAAUUUUGGAACUUGAGCGUGGAAGGAUGGACCCUUAUUAGAUUGGAUUGUUCUACUUCUACCCAUUACCAUGAUUUUUGCUUGUCCUAUUCGAACUCCGGCGUUUUCCAUUACAUUUGCGCGAAGAAUUACAUGCAGCGGCAUGUCGAAAGGAAGUUUAUCUUCCUUGCCAACAAGCUCAAACGAAGUCCCUCCAAACCCAGGAAUUUCAGGUGUUAAGUCCUCCAAUGGCGUUUCUGAGUCUGAAACUCGUGUAUUUGUGAGGAGAAGAGUGAAAAAGAAUGCUGAAGGUCAAGUUAGCGGGCUUGAAGUCGAACCUAAAGUCGACGCUAAAGUUAGAGCUUCAUCAUUUUCCUUUUCAUCUUCCAAACAUAUCUUUCAUCCUGGAAAAUGUGUCAUUUUAGCUUUAGAUGGUCGUUUUCUGCGCUGCUGCCCUCCUAAUAUUGAAGAUUUUGCAUUCAAAAGAACAAAGGAUUCCCCUGGAUCAAGGAAGUCAAAGCUUCCUCUAGAUCCCCUUCUCAACGGAAUUGAAGUUUCUAAUCCAACUAGACAGAAAGGCAUUGCAGAAGGAGGUAAACCACCUGUUAAUUGGGAAAAAGUCCUUGAAGGAAUUCGGAAAAUGAGAUCCUCUGAAGAAGCUCCAGUAGAUACCAUGGGAUGUGGGCAAGCUGGUAGUACUCUUCCUCCCAAGGAAAGAAGAUUUGCUGUUUUGGCAUCUUCUCUUCUCUCAAGCCAAACCAAAGACCACGUGACUCAUGGAGCAGCAUUGCGUCUCCAAGAAAGUGGUCUUCUUACUGCUGAUGCGAUGGACAAAGCUGAUGAAGCAACCAUUAAAAGCUUGAUUUACCCGGUUGGAUUUUAUUCUACAAAGGCUAAGAAUUUGAAGAAGAUUGCAAAAAUAUGUCUUAUGAAGUAUGGUGGGGACAUACCUAGAUCAUUGGAGGAGCUACUAAUACUACCUGGGAUAGGCCCUAAGAUUGCACAUUUGAUCAUGAUUAUGGCUUGGAACGAUGUUCAGGGGAUAUGUGUGGAUACUCAUGUGCAUCGCAUUUGCAAUCGGCUUGGAUGGGUGUCUGGGAAAGGCUCAAAACAGAAAACAUCCACUCCUGAAGAAACUCGAGUGGCAUUAGAACUGUGGCUGCCAAAAGAAGAAUGGGUUCCAAUUAAUCCUCUUCUGGUUGGAUUUGGACAGACUAUUUGCACUCCUCUUAGACCUAAAUGUGGAAAUUGCAGUGUUAGUGACCUGUGUCCAUCUGCAUUCAAGGAGUCUUCAAGCCCAUCUCCCAAAUUAAAGGGUUCAAGUUCUACCAAAAAGCUAUGAUCAUCUUCUUGAAUGAAUUAAUAUAUGUGCCAGUCAAACAUUUCCCCCCAAAGUCUUGCUUUUGUAUCUUUUUUUGGGCUCCAUAAUGGUUUACAGAUUUUAGAGCUUCCAUUAUGGUUUCUAGCACAAAGUGUUAAUGGAUAGAUAGGUGGAUAUUGAAAGAUCUCAAUCGGCCAUUGUUGUGCAGAACGAACCUUGUUAUUGAUGUAUAUCAAUGUCCUAGUACAUGUUUUACAUCUAUAAUUUCAUCAUCAUUAUUAAUAUUUUUUGUCAAA